AUUGUAGACUAAAGGAUUUUUUGCAAGUUUUGACGAAGAACAUGGCCCACAUUCUUCAAGCUUUCCCCUUAUUAUAUUUGAAUUUAGGAGGAGAGCUGCUUUACAUUGUAGAACAACGUCUUCAAGCUCAGGAUGUUUCAGUUGAAAAAUGUGUUAAAGUUUUGAACGAUUUACUCUCAAUGAUGUUGGAUCGACAGUACCUCAACCGAAUUUUUCGGCCAGACAGGCUGAAUUCGCCGUCCAUGUUGAAGUCUUUGAUGGAAAAUAUUGUCCAUUCUUCCGUAAUGCGACUCGGACAAGACAGUCUUGACAAACUUUACGAUUUAAUGGCAAUGUCGGUGAAAUUUCAAUUCGUUUCAGCUCCAGAUGCCCAGUCGUUGUUAGCCAUUACAACAAAUCAUGUUGAGAGCUGGAUGCAAUUAACUGAAGACCCUGAAACCAUGUUGCAGAUCCAAUUUUCAAAGGAUUUACUUCUGACGCACUAUGCAAAACUUUCGCCAUGGGCAUGGAUGACCAUACGGCAUAGCUUACUGAAUUACUUGCAACCAUGCAAGACUCGCAUUACCACAUUCCUCGGCAGAGGAUUGCAGAGUCAGGCCGGCUAUUUCCAUAUAGAUAACAUGCGUCCUCUUCCAGAAGGCAUCGUUCUACCAGAACUUACAAUGGGAAAUUGCAAACCUUACAAUUUUCAAUGCGGGCAAUCCUCCAUAAUUCUAGGAAGCAACAUGUUCAAUGAUUACCAACAACCGCCACUUUUUCGGACAAUUGGAUUUACGUCACUGCAACGGAUUAUUGCUAAAUCAACAGAAAAUGAUACUCAGUUGAAUUUGAAAGAAGUGCAGGUAGGUUCCACAACAGCAGACGAAAAAGUCGAAUCGAUCCAGCUGGAGCUCAAGAAAAUUUCGCCUUCAGAGCACGAUACUAUGAAAGUCUUCGAAGAAACGCUGUUGGAUCUUUUCGAUGAAGCCACUGUGUCAGAAAUAAAAUAAAAUAAUCUUAUUCACGUCUUAUAGCAUUCCUUCAUAACAAUACAUUGGUUAUUUGAUUUA